AUGAAUAAGCUCCUUUUCGUUGUGUUGUUUUCCUUUUUCGUGGUGUUUAUCGGUGCCCAAUACUGGAACCCGUACACUUAUGGGGGAAACUAUUCGCCAUAUAAUUAUUACGGUGGCGGAAGUGGCUUUGGUUAUGGGUACGGUGACAGUUUAGGUCCUUACAACAGAAACCAACAAGACGAUAACAAAUACUUAUACUACGGAUUCUUAACCAACAUAUUUCCAUUCACAGAGUACAGGGCAUGCAAAUCUGAAGAAUUCAACUGUGGAAACAACACAUUAUGUAUACCAAUCAGCUGGAAAUGUGACCAGGAUGCAGACUGUCCAAACCAAUUGGAUGAAGCUAAUGAAACUUGUGCAAAUCCAUGUAAAGAUGACGAGUUCAGCUGUGGUGAUGGGAAAUGCAUUCCAAGCUUGUGGUUGUGUGAUGAAAUGAAUGACUGUUCCGAUGGCAGAGAUGAACAAAGCUGUUCAGCUAAGACCUGUUCUAGUUCAGAGUUUCAAUGUGAAGAUCACCAAUGUGUUGCUAAAACCUGGCGGUGUGAUGGCGAUACUGACUGCCGUGAUGGAAGUGAUGAAGUUGAUUGCAAUCCAAUUGAAGAAUGUACUGGAGAUCAUUUCAGGUGCAACAAUUCUCAGUGUCUACCUGCAAACUGGCAUUGCGAUGGAGACCAUGAUUGUGAUGAUCACAGUGAUGAGUUCCGUUGUGUAACCACAGUACCUCAAUGUGAAAGUGAAGAGUGGAGUUGUGCUACUUCUGACCAGUGUAUUCACCUGUCCUGGCGUUGUGAUGGUGACAAUGAUUGUUUUGACGAGUCUGAUGAAGUUAACUGUACCCACACUUGUGCCAGUAACGAAUUCAAAUGUAAGAACAAUCAGUGCAUCAACGACGUGUUGAGGUGUGAUGGAGAAAUUGAAUGUGCUGAUGCUUCUGAUGAAGCACACUGUCCAAUCAAUUGCAACAAUAGAACUGAAUUUGCCUGUCAGACAGAAGACGGUUUUCAUUGUAUUCCUGCUGAGAAAGAGUGUGAUGGAUUGAAGGACUGCUUGAAUGAUGAAGGAGAUGUCUGCGUUAAUACAACAGAUCCAUGUCUGGAACACAAUGGUGGAUGUGCUCAAAAGUGUGUCAGAAUAUUUCGGAAUAGGCACCGCUGUGAAUGUUUUGAAGGAUAUAGACUAGUAGGACAAAACACCUGUGAAGAUAUAAAUGAGUGUGCUCCUGAAGAUGGAAAACAGAAGGUGUGUUCCCAGGGUUGCCAAAACCGCAAAGGAGGGUACAAGUGUAGUUGUGUAGAGGGAUACACUCUAGAUCUCAAUGGAUUUUGUAAAGUAAAUGGCGUACGUCCCCAUCUGUUAGUGGCCAACCGCUUCGACAUUCGUACAUUGCAAGUUGAUACCUGGUGGGAGCAGACUGUCCUUGAAGACUUAACUAGUGCUGUGGCUGUGGACUUUGACUACAAUGAUGGAUAUCUCUUUUGGACAGAUAUCACCAAGGAACAAAUCUUUCGUGCCAGGAAAAUGGCUAAUGGUUCUGCUGUUGAUGAAAAAGUUAUUGUUUCAAACAACGUAAAGACCCCAGAUGGCAUUGCGGUGGACUGGCUCUACAAUCAUGUUUAUUGGACUGAUGCCACAUUUGACAAAAUUGAAGUAAUGAACUAUGAUGGCAAGCUGCGUAGAAACCUGGUCACAGAAGGUCUUGAUGAACCACGAGCCAUUGUUGUUGACCCAUUACAAGGAUGGAUGUACUGGACUGACUGGGGAAAGAAGCCUAUGAUUUCUCGUUGUGGACUUAAUGGCAAACAUCGGAGUGUUAUUGUUGAGCAAGGAAUUGAGUGGCCAAAUGGUCUUACAAUAGAUUAUGUUGAUCAGCGUCUGUUCUGGGUAGAUGCCAAAUUAAAGAUGAUCAGAUCUGUAGAUACCAAUGGUGGGUCUGGUUAUACAGUUCUUCAUGAUGCUCAAAGUAUCAUCCAUCCAUUUGCCAUCACCGUAUUUGAGGAUGACUUGUAUUGGACCGACUGGAAGGCAGAAUCUAUCCGUACAGUUAACAAAUUCAGAGGGGAUGGUUACCAACAAGUCGCUAUUGGUCUUCAUUCUCCAAUGGACAUUCACUUCUACCAUGAAAAUGUACAGAAAAAUGGCAUCAACCAUUGUGGCACCAACAAUGGACAGUGCAGUGAUUUCUGCUUUCCUACCCCUCAAGGAAGCAGUGUGCCAAAUGAUUCAGACAAGGCAAAUGGAUUCAGUUGUGGCUGUCGCAAUCAUUACAAACUUAGUGCUGACCAAAAGACGUGUGUAGAAGAUAUUGUUGUUACUACUUCUAAACCAAAAGCUACAACUGCCAAACCUACUACUGCAAAUCCCAAGCCAACCACUGGAAAGCCUGUUGUUACUGUUCAAACAACUGCUGUUCCGGAGGUCACCACCCAAGAGGGCUACACUGUUAUUGCUCCUACCUCUCGUACAGUCAACAACACUGACACUGGCACACCUUUUGUACACAAUUCCAAGAAAGUGGGAGUCAUUGCUGGUGUUGUCGUAGGCGUGGUAGCAGUCAUCUUCAUUGUCAUCGCAGCUGUUGGCUACGUUUUCUACAAGCGAUACACGAACAGGAAUAUCAAGAGUAUGAACUUCGACAAUCCAGUCUACAGAAAAACAACAGAGGACCACCAAUUCAUUAUUCCAUAUGGCAACCGAGAUAAUCAAAAUAGGAGAGACAACAGUAAUAACCCGGCAUUACAACCUUUAACAAAACAUCCCGAGGUAUAAUGAAAGGACAGAAAUAGGAAAAACAAGUUUAAUAUGUGAUCAAAUUGGUUACACAUGGGAUCGUUGCUCCAUGGCAGUUCCAAAACAGUAAUUAUGGAAUGGGUUCCACAAAGUCCGAUAAAUAUCUGAAAAGUGGCUUUUCAUCUGUUCACUCUUUCUUCAAGGCAGCUAUUUCCGAUGCAAAGAAUUGCAUGUCAGUUCCAUGAACUGGUAUUCCGAACAAAAAUGCUACUUGAAUGAACAAAUCAGAGAAAAAUGAAAGUGGGAGACAACGCCCACUUCAGCUGUGGCUGAUCCAAGUAUUUCCUAAAGAAAUGCAGUAUGCCACAAAACUACGGUGCUGUGACCGAUUGCUAAUCAGGAAAUCUGCAACUGUUCCACAUGAAGAAGAACUUGUGUGGGCAGACUGUGGAUUAGAUGUCAUCGGGGCAAACAUCAAGACAACUGAGUGAUGCUCGCCUGUCCUUGAAAUUGGGCAGGACAAAAAUGAUCUGAACCACGAUAAGGUGUUGAUCUUAAUAUCAUGAGUCUGUGGUUUAAAGUCGUAAGCAUUUAAGUUGGAUGCCGAAUCUGAAAUGUAUUCCUUUUUUCUUUCCUCUGAAGAAUUUCUCAACUACUUCAGCUUAACUAUAUUCUGUUAAAUUUUGUUUGAUAGAAUUGAUAGAAGUACAGUUUUGUUCAGUCAGUUAAAACUUAUCUGGACAUUGCAGAUUUUUUUCCUCUCUCGAUCUGGCUUGGUUAUUAAACAAUAGAUCUGAUUCAAUAUUUAUAUAAAAAUCAAACAAAAAAAUCUAUCCAUGCUUGUCUUUUGACAAUUACUUUCUUUAUGAAUGCUUUUCCUGUCUUUUUAAAAAUUUCUUUCAGUGGUUUAUUUUUCUCAUUCUAUUUGCCAUUUCUUUGCUAAGCAGUUAUUAAAGUUAAUCAUCUCAAUAUCAUAUUUAGAAUGGAAUUUAAAAGAAAUUAUAUUAAAUGUGAUACAUGUUGAAACGUACGACACAUUUCAGUCCCCACCAUUUUUUAGCACUAAUUUUACCCACCAUGAUAAUGUUUCUGAAAAAUCCUGAGUGCUUUAGUAUUUCACUAGGUGCAUUCCUUGUUUAGAGGGAUACUCUUUAUUUCUCCUUUUCUCGACAUGUACUUGUGACCUUUUUUGUUGAUUGUUCUGUAGUGUAUGUGGAGAUUUAUAUUUGUGUUACACAUUGUUAUUUAUUCUGGUUACAAAGAAUGUGUUUGACUUUAUUUUGUGCAAUUAUGAAAAGUUAAUUUCUUGUCAUAUUUAUUUAAAUCACUGUAUAAUGGGUUUUUUUCAGUUUUGAUCAUACAAAAGCUAUCAAAGUGUUAAAUAUAAAAGUGCUUAAUUGUUUUAUUUUUCUUGUCAAUUGGUAGUGCUAAAAGGGAAUAUCUGAAAUUUUUUACAUGUAUUUCCUUGUUUUGACAACGUUUCUCAUUUUAAACAACUCAUUUUCAGCAAAGUAGAUUUUUUUUUCUCAACUGAUUUAGCAUAUUAUGCCAAGUGCUUUGCUUAUUUGUGUCUGUGAAUAAAUGUGUAUGUAUAUAUAUAUAUAUAUUGAUGUAAAUCAGAGUUACGUUUGAGAGAAUGUAAGAUUUUUCGAAGUAUGGAUUUGGAAUAAAUGCUUUAGUCUCUGAGAGAGACAAAAUACAAGUCUGUGAUUAGUUGUAAAACUCGGAUUGAAAUUGUAGUGCUCAUUUUGUCAAAUUUGGGUUGUGCAGUUUCAAUAAUAGGUAUUUAAUAUUUGUAUGAAUGGUUGCACUAUAUUCUUAGUGCUCUGUUGAUCUGGUUUGAGUUGGUAUGUGUAGUAUAUCAAGAAAGUGGAUCUGAAAGCUCUUUGUGGUACAUAUCAUGAUUGCCUGUUAAGGAGAUGGAAAGCGAAACUGCUCUAUAAUGAAUCUUAAGUGUUCAAAUAAUUAGUCUUCGUUUGUAUCCACUGGAUGUUCUCUGCUACGGAAGUUUGCACAAUAUGCAGAUUCUGUAGAGGUACAUUGUGAGGUGAUUCUUAGUAUCACAACAUAUUUAUUAUGAUUAAUGCUCAGUGCCAAACACACCAGUAGAAAGAGGAGACAAGUUUGUGUAUAAGUGUAUCGAGUAUGUUUUAAGCUUGUGUGGCUUCGAUGUUUGAAGUAUGUCUUGGAAUAUGUCCAUAUGAACACAUUCAGCAGUAUUGAAUGUUGGUAUAGCCAGUUUCUUGAUGUAAGCUGGGCUCAAAAGUGUAAGAAUUUUAUAUUUAGUCAAUAGCUGUAAAAAAUGUUGUUGUAUAGAUGUAUAUAAACGAGUACAUGCGUUGAACACUUUGUAAUAUAAUUGCAGUAGCUUAGGUGUAAAUAAUUAGCUUGAGAAAGUAUCAAAAGUCGCUUUGUAAAUUUGCUUGUAUAUAGUCUGAAUGUUGUUAAAAGUUGUUUCAAAUGCUAAGGAACGGAAAAUUAUAAAUGAUGGAGUGAUUGUUGAAGGGGAAGUAUAAUCCUGUAAUCAUGGACUGAAUGAUUGUUUCAUUGUUUUCAUCAGAUAUACAAGUGUGUACAUAAGGGUGCUAGACAGUUGGAUUGUGUGUGUGAUGACAUCAUUCCUUCUAAUGUGUUACCAGUUAGCUUGCCUUUUUUCCUGUGUCACAGUCAAUAUUGGAUUUGUUUUUCAAACAUCAGUAUAAACUGAAAGAAAAAUCCAUGCUCAAAGAUCUUUGUUGUUUAAACAAUUCAUUUCUAUUCUCUAGACAUAUCAGCACCAUAUUUAACUGCCUCUACAAAACAAUACCAUAAUGCCUUAACCACAUCCAUUUUCUUUUUCCUAGUGAAACAGAAGGGUUUCUACAGCAUUUCUGUCUCAACACUCCAUUUAUACAGACUGCCCUGUUUCCACUUGCGAAUCUCGUGCAUGAUCACAUAAUUAUCUCAAAUAAUAUAUUUACUAAAUACAUUCCAUUUGUAUCACGCAUUGUACAGUUCAUAGCCAUUCCCAUGCUUCUAUCAACAGAGGAGGAACAGAUUACAUAACUAGAUUGUUGUUCCAGUGGACAAGUGAUGCUAAUAAAACAGUAGAAGGUUUAAUGUCGUCAGUUGAGAGAAGAGAGCAAGUGUUUGGUUGUCUACAUGAUAAAAAUUUCAUCCAUUGUGAUAGAGAAAGGAUCAUGGAUGUAUUUAUAGGUAAAAAUGAUGAGCAUAAAUGCUGAUUGAAUGUUGGAUGUUGCUUGAAAUACAUGAUGUACUUCAAUCGACAUAAAAUAAAAUAUAAAGAAAGAAAA